UGUGUCUUCCAGCUGGUGAGCACUGAGAGCAACCGCUACAGCCUCGACCACAUCUCCUCCCUCUUUUCCUCCCAGGAGACACUCGUCGACUUUGCCUUAACCUCGGCUGAGAUCUGGGCGCUGUGGCACAACGAGGAGAACCAAACCAUUGUGAAGUACAUCAACUUUGAGCACAACGUCGCGGGCCAGUGGAACCAGGUCUUUGUGCAGCCACUGCCUGAGGAGGAGGUGACAGUUCGACAUGAUCAGGACCCCAGGGAAGCCUACCUGGAGUAUCUCUUCACGCCUGGCAGGUUCACAAACGCAGCCAUCCAGAAGGCUCUGCAGAUCUUUUCUCAAGGAACUGAGAGACACGUGGAUCUGACGUGGGAUGAGUUAAAAAAGGAGGUUACCUUGGCUGUGGAAAGCGAGUUCCAGAACAGUGUGACAGAGUACGAGUGCUCACUGGAGGAGUUCUGGCAGCUGCAGGUGGAGUUCUGGUCCAAGUUCUAUGCCUGCUGCCUUCAGUACCAGGAAGCUCUCUCGCGGCCGCUGGCGCUGCACCUGAACCCCUACACCAACAUGGUGUGCCUGCUGAAGAAGGGCUCCCUGUCUUUCCUGGUGCCCUGCUCCUUGGUGGACCAUCUCUAUCUCCUCUCCAGUGAGCACCUCCUGACUGAGGAUGAUGCUGCCAUCUUUGAUGAUUUGGAGAUGUCUCGUGAUGUUGUCUGUCUUGUCCAGUGCCUUCGCCUGAUCGGAGAAUCAAUUUCCAUGGAAAUGGCAUUCAUCAUGGAAAUGGCAUGCUCACGCCUCCAGCCUCCAGAAAAGGCUGCAGAGCAGAUCCUGGAGGACUUGAUAGCUAACGACACGGAAAAUGUGAUGGAGGAUAUACACAGCAAACUGCAGGAGAUCCGGAACCCCGUCCACGCCAUCGGAGCGCUCAUCCGGGAGAUGGACUAUGAGACAGAGGCAGACACAGAAAGAGGUGAGAGCUCCACUCAUCACCUCCCCAUGAGGCUGAACCUCAGCCAGCUGUACGGCAGCGGUACCGCCGUGGGCGUGGUGUGCUGGGGCGUGUCCAAAAUUGCCACCAUCCGUUUCCUGCUCUGCAGGGACCUGCUGGUCCUCCAGCAGCUGGUCCUGAGGCUCGGAGAUCCUAUGGUUUUGGGAGGGGGACAGCUCUUCCAGUCUCAGCAGGACCUGCUGCACCGCACCUCUCCCCUGCUGCUCUCCUACUACCUGAUCCGGUGGGCGAGCCAGUGCCUGGCCUCUGACGUCCCUGUGGACACCCUGGAAUCUAAUCUGCAGCAUCUCUCUGUGCUGGAGCUGGCAGACACCACUGUGCUUGCACCCCACAAGCUAGUGUCUGGCCCGCAGACAAUCGUGGAGCUGUUCUUCCAGGACGUGGCCAGAAAGCACAUCAUAGCCAGACUCUUCUCACAACCAAAUGCUGCUUUGGGUGAAACGAGUUUGAACUGGCCCCAUCUCUUCACUGCCAUCGUGGCCGACUUCCUGCCCCUCCUGUGGCCCAGCAAUCCUGGCUUCCUCUUCCCUGAGUGCCUGAUGGGGAGCUGUCAGUACACCCAGCUCCAGGAGUACAUCCGCCUGCUGCAGCCCUGGUGCCACGUCAACAUGGGCUCCUGCUGCUUCCUGAUGGGCCGCUGCUACCUCGUCACGGGUGAGGGGCACAAGGCUCUGGACUGCUUCCGCCAGGCGGCCUCCGAGGUGGGGAGGGAGGAGUUCCUGGAGAGGCUGAUCCAGCCCGAGGAGGGGGAGCUGCUCUCCACCCCACGCCUGCAGUACUACAACAAGGUUCUGCGCUUGUUGGACAUGGUGGGGUUACCAGAGCUGGUCAUCCAGCUGGCCACCCUGGCCAUCAUGGAAUCAGCAGAUGACUGGAGGAGCCAGGCUACUUUGAGGACUUGCAUCUUCAAGCAUCACUUGGAUUUGGGACACAACAGUGAAGCAUAUGUAGCCUUAACCCAAAACCCAGAUCCGAGCAGGCAGCUGGACUGUCUACGCCAGCUAGUGGUGGUUCUCUGCGAGCGCUCCCAGCUCCAGGACCUGGUGGAGUUCCCCUACGUCAACCUCCACAACGAGGUCGUGGGGAUCAUCGAGUCGCACGCGCGGGCCGUGGACCUGAUGACCCACAACUACUACGAGCUGCUCUACGCCUUCCACAUCUACCGCCACAACUACCGCAAGGCGGGGACGGUGAUGUUCGAGUACGGGAUGCGCCUGGGCAGGGAGGUUCGGACGCUCCGAGGGCUCCAGAAACAGGGCAACUGUUUCCUGGCUGCCCUGAACUGCCUGCGCCUCAUCCGCCCCGAGUACGCCUGGAUAGUGCAGCCGGCUGCUGGAGCUGUGUAUGAACGCCCUGGAGCGUCCCCGAAGAGAAACCACGACGGGGAGUGCAUGGCUGUGCCAACAGCUCGCCAAGUUGAGAUCCUGGAGCUGGAGGAUUUGGAGAAGGAGUGUGUGCUGGCACGGAUCCGGCUGACUCUGGUGCAGCACGACCUGUCCACAGCAGCCAUGGCAGGCAGCUCCACGCCCCAGGAGACGGUGGCUCUCCUGAUCCGCGCCGGGCUCUUCGACACAGCCAUCACCCUCUGCCAGACCUUCAAGCUGCCCCUGACCCCAGUCUUUGAGGGACUCACUUUUAAGUGCAUCCAGCUGCAGCUCGGUGGGGAGGCGGCGCAGGCUGAGGCCUGGGACUGGCUGGCAGCAAACCAGCUCUCCUCACUGGUGACCACCAAGGAGUGCAGUGCCACAGACGAGGCCUGGCGGCUGCUCUCAGCCUACCUGGAGCAGUACCCAUCCCAGAACAGCCUGCACCAUCGCUGCGUCAUCAACAAGCUCCUGGCACACGGGAUCCCUCUGCCCAACUGGCUCAUUAACAGCUACAAGAAAGUGGAUGCUGCCGAGCUGCUGCGCCUCUACCUGAACUACGACCUGCUGGAGGAGGCCGUGGAGCUGGUCCUGGAGUAUGUGGACGCCGUGCUGGGCAAGGGGCACCGGUAUUUUGGCAUCGAG